GCUACGGUUUUGCGCGAAAAGCUAAACACCACGGGCGCUUCACCGCUUCUUUGUCUUGAUGUGAGUUAUAAAUCAAUCAUCAAUAAAACGUUAUUUGGCUUGUAAUGUUUAAAAGAUUUUAAAUCAAUUAUUGCAACAUCUUCCGUAAUUAUGGCCGCCUCGAAAGGAACCCCUAAAGAUGCUCAAGUAAUGGCUGCUAUUUUAAAAGAAAUGGGAGUUGAAGAUUUUGAACCAAGAGUUUUGAACCAUAUGUUGGAAUUCGCAUACCAAUAUGUAACUAAUGUACUUGAUGAUGCCCAUGUGGUUUCAACUUACGCAAAAAAGAAAACUAUUGAUGUUGAUGAUAUAAAACUAGCAAUAAAUUUUCAAGAAGAAAGAAAAUUUACUCCACCACCUUCAAGAGAUCUGAGUGCAGAAAUUGCUCGUGCAAAAAAUGAAACUCCUCUGCCUCCUAUCAAAUCUGUGGGUCUAAGGCUUCCUCAGGAUAGAUACUGUAUUACUGCACCUAACUGCCAUUUGAAAUAUUCAACCAGAAAAGGAAAAAAUUUUCAUUCUGUCACCAAGUUAAAUCCUUCUAAUCUUUCACUUCCUAAAACUGGCAUCAAGAGCAUAAAUGCAAACAAGUCCAACACUGUAUCGUCUGUGCCUAAUAAAGCUAGUGCAACUGCAGUUUUAGUUAUGCCAAGACCAAAUGUUGCUGUUGCAAAAACAGCCAUUGGACCUAGUGUGAAGAUUUCUGAUGGAAACAAAGCAGCAGCCACAACAAUUUCAUUAAUUCCUGGAGCAGCUUCAUCGACAAAUACAUUAUCUGCACAGAUUCUAAUGCCAACUAUUGGAGUUGCAAAUACUGAUGUAAAACUUCCUACUGAAGUCCCAGACAGCAAAAGAAAAUUUGAGGAUGAUAAUUAUGACAUGGAAUAAUGUUUUUUGGAUUUUUCUUUUUUUUUGCAUACAUUUUUUAAAUGUUUUAAAAUAAUUACAUAAAUAUAUGUAUAUCAACUUUUUCAUCUUUCAUUUUAUUGUUUAUUAAAG